AAACAACAUGGUUGGUUCUUUACCUCCAGAAAUAGGAAAUUUAAAGGCUGCGACACUGAUAGAUCUGUCAAUGAAUCAAUUCUCAAAUGGAAUUCCUAGAGAAAUUGGAGGAUUGCAAACUCUGGUGCAGCUUUCUUUGAGACACAACAAUUUGCAAGGAGCUAUACCCGACUCAAUGAGCAACAUGGUAGGUUUGGAAUUCCUAGACCUUUCUCAUAAUAAUAUAUCUGGAAACAUUCCUAAGUCUUUGGAGAAGCUUCAAAACUUGAAGUAUUUCAAUAUUUCUGUCAACAAAUUGUAUGGUGAAAUACCCUCGGGAGGUCCUUUCAAGAACCUCUCGAGUCAGUUUUUCAUCUACAAUGAAGCAUUGUGUGGUUCUUCAAGAUUUAGUGUCCCUCCAUGCCCCACUUCAUCAAAGCACAGAUCAAAUAGGAAAAAAUUUCUAGUUCUUUUUCUUUUGCUGGGAAUUGCUUUAGUAGUUGCUCCUAGCAUCUUUAUUGCUUUAUGGAUAAGGUAUAGAAAAGGUAAAAGAGCUCCUCAACAAGCUGAUUCAUUGUCUUUCAUAACAAGAGAAAGAAUUUCAUACUAUGAAUUGAUCCAAGCAACUGAUGCGCUUAGCGAGAGUAAUCUGAUUGGUUCUGGAAGUUUUGGAUCUGUUUACAAAGGUGUUCUCAAAAGUGGAACUGCCAUUGCAGUUAAAGUGUUCAACCUGCAACUGGAUGCGGCAUUCAAGAGUUUUGAUACGGAAUGUGAAGUUUUGUGCAGACUUCGACAUAGGAAUCUCGUUAAAGUCAUUACUAGUUGUUCCAAUCUUGAUUUCAAGGCUUUAGUGCUCGAGUAUAUGCCUAAUGGAAGUCUUGAGAAGUAUUUGUAUUCGCACAACUACUUCCUUGACACCAAGCAGAGACUAAGCAUAAUGACAGAUGUGGCAGGUGCUUUGGAAUAUCUUCACCAUGGGUGCUCGUUGCCUGUGAUUCACUGUGACGUGAAGCCUAGUAAUGUCUUGCUGGAUGAAGAUAUGGUUGCCCAUCUCAGCGACUUUGGCAUUUCAAAACUGCUUGGUGAAGAUCAGGGUGAUUUGUACACUAAAACCUUAGCAACGUUGGGGUAUAUUGCACCAGAGUAUGGACUGGAUGGACUAGUAUCAACAAAGUGUGACGUCUAUAGUUAUGGGGUCAUGUUGCUGGAAACAUUUACCAGGAGAAAGCCUAAUGAAUUUGAUGGAGAUCUUAGCUUGAAGCAAUGGGUGAGUUAUUCACUCCCAGAAGCAGUAAUGGACAUUGUAGAUGUCAACUUGGUAACACCACAGGGUAAUCAGAAGGAGCUAGAUGUUGUGGCUUCAAUCAUGAAAGUUGCAUUAGAUUGUUGUGCUGAAUCUCCGGCAAGAAGGACAAACAUGAAAGAUGUUGUAGGGAUGCUGCAGAAGAUCAAGAUUCAACUCCUUGCAUGUUGAGCAUGUUUUUGGAAUCUGUUGCUCCAAUCACAUGAUUGUUGUUUUGUUUUGUUUUAGCACUUGAUUUGUGAAUGAUUCUGCUUUCAGAAAUGCUAGAUGGUUGCAAUAACUCUCACUGUUUCUUCUUAAUAUUAUUGUUUGCAAGGUGUUAAUUCCUCUUAAUAUUAUUCAAAUUAAUUGCUUUCUGGUAUGCUAGAUGGUUGCAAUAAAUCUCACUGUUUGACUGUACAAAGGGCAUAAACUCAUAGAACUAUAACAGAUUCAUGAGGAAAUUAAUUGUUGUUGAAGCCAAUAAAAGGGCAGCCUGGUGCACAAAGUUCUAAGAAAGGGUUUAUCGUACAUAGCCAUACCUUCCAUAUCUGUAAGAGACCGUUUCCCCGGCUCGAACCCGUUACCU